AUGGCGGCCACGAACCACAAUCACGCCAAUUAUCAGGCCCGGCUAGACUUUAUACAAAACCAGCUCCAGGAGCAAUUUAGCCUCAAGGAAGAUGCCGCUAUCACCCCCAUCCAAUACGACCCGGAAUGCGUUUUCAAAUACAACAACUUCGUCUAUUGUAUUUCUCUCCCUGUGCCCAUCACGGUGAACCAGGCGGCCAAAUAUAGGUAUCAACAGCCCGGUUGUGUCCCCAUUCCCGAGGGCACCAAGGAGCUCAUAUUCCGCCUCGCCAACCCUAAUGCCGAGGGCAUGAACCGAACAACCCGCGUUGAAAAUGAAGUAGCCACCAUCGCUCUCGCCUCUGCUGCUCUUGCUAGCUUUGUUCCACGUGUAGUGCCUUCAGUAUAUGCCUGGGGAAGUGCAGCCGUCGAAUCCUCACAAGGUUGGAUCAUCCAAGAGCUGAUGCCAGGCGCGCCGGUGGACGAGUCAUUUGAUGCUAUGGAUCUUGAGCAGAAGCGCCAGAUUUUUGCACAAAUGGCUAAACUGUUAAAGUCGUUGCAAGACUAUAAGCUGCCCAAGAGUAUUACUAGUUUUGGGGGCGUGACAUUCGAUGACACUGGUCGUACUAUAAGCACCGCCAUGACUAGUGUUGGCGCCGGACCUUGGCCCUCAUACGAAGCUUCUUUCGAAGGCCGACUCGAAGUGGCACUUCGGAAGGCAGAUGCAAAUCCAUAUAUUAAAGGAUGGUAUGCCAACGGCGUGAGAGAGCGUCUGGAUGCUUUUAUUAAGCGUGGUGUCCCAGCCCAGUUUGAGGCUCUAGGCUCAAGCAAGACCGGGUUAUUAUACAUGCAGACUUUAGUGAGUUCUACGAACAAUCUCUUAUUCGAUGCCACAUCUGGCCGCAUCACGGCACUCAUUGACUAUGAUUUUGCAUGUGUCUCGCAUCCUUCAUACGAAUUCCUUCGCUCCUUUGAUGGCGCUGGUGGUCAGUUCCGAGGUUGGUCUAGCGACGAAGCCACCGAGGAUAUGGCUUUGAGGGAAGCAAAGCUUCAUGGGUUUCCUUCGCCACUCCCGCCGACAACCAAGGACGGAGUCAAGUGGAAUGUCAUGAAAGCUUGGGAGGAUGAGUUGGAGAAGCUGGACGUUGAGCGACCAAGAAACAUUCCAGGUAUCGACAAGGUGGCAGAUGUUGACACAGUCCUUCGCACGAUUUUACCCUGGCGUGUCUCUAAUUCUGAUAUCUUGCGGUUGCAAUCGGAGGAAGUGAUUAUUAAAUGCAGGAACGAAAACGAAGAGCAGCUAGUUGGACUACUUAGUCGCUUGGGAUUCUAA